AUGAACCAUCCUGCAGGCGGAGACUUUGCGCUUUUCGCCGAGACAUAUGCAUCAUUUGUCGGUCUCGAUCCAGAUUUUGCUUGGCUGCUGAAUCUUGAGGGCUGGAACACGCUAUUCGAGCAAACCGGUGCAUCUAUUAUUAUGUACAGCUAG